AUGUGGAGACAUGGAGAUCGAACACCAACAAAAACAUUUAAAAAUGAUCCCAUCCAAGAAGCAAACUGGACAAUGGGCGGCAGUGGUUUUGGGCAGCUGACACCGCUUGGGAUGCAGCAGCAAAUGAAGCUGGGAAAACUGAUACGAAAAACCUACGUUGAUGAUCACAAAUUCCUCUCACCUCAGUACUCAUCAAAAGAGAUUUAUGUCCGAGCAACCGACACAAAUAGAACUAUCGUUUCCGCUAUGAGCAAUAUGGUCGGAAUGUACGGUCAAAAAGACUUCGGUCAUAAACCCAAUGUAGACUAUCCAAACGCAACAGCUUGGCCUGCGCAAUAUGUGCCAAUAGCCGUCCACACAAUGCAUAAGCCAACCGAUUAUGUGGGUUUUGACCUUACUUCCGUUAGUUCAGUUGCACAAGCAACGUGCGCAUUGAUACAUAUAGCCCAGAUUGUCCAUAUCCUUAAUCUGUAUUUGCAAAGUGAUUCUCUUGAAGAGAUUUCGGGUUAUGUUGACGGAUAUCGCAAACCACAAAAAACAUGA